AUGUCCAGGGUGAAGCACUUGAGGGUCACAGCGCACCUGCGGGACAUGUCCCAAAGUGGGAAGCAGGGACUGACAAUGAUGUGGUUUAUAAAGCAGAGGAAGCGCAGCAUCCAGCCAGAGGCCGCCUUCCCCCCCAAACCCCAGCCUCCCCCUGUGGCACGCGCUGCAGAGGCUUCUGUACCAGCUACAUUGGUCGGACAACGUGAGAUCCGCUUCGAAGUCAAUGACGUCUUUGAAACUGCUCAAAGAAGGUUGUCCUUCUCAAGUGGGGUGUUACAGUCUCUUAGGGACUGGCUCUCCACGUGCUGUCCCGGUGUGGCUUCGCACGGGUGGGUGUUCAAAGACGUCAUUGACUUAGAAGCUGAUGCUCAUCGGUGUCCUGACCAAUGUAUGGUACAGAAGCUUCUGCAGCGCGGUUGCCACAGGGGGAUGCUGGGGUUUGGGGGCUUGGAGGAGGCUCUGGCUGAUGUGCGCUUCCUUGCUAUUCGGCCACACAAAACAUAA